AUGAAGCUUCACUCGAUACCUUUGCUGCUUCUAUCUAAAAUAGUCAACGUUCCCAAAACCCGCCGGACGUACUGCAAGUCCAAGGAGUGCCACAAGCACACCCAGCACAAGGUCACCCAGUACAAGGCUGGAAAGGCCUCCCUUGCCGCCCAGGGUAAGCGUCGUUACGACCGAAAGCAGAGCGGUUACGGUGGUCAGACCAAGCCCGUCUUCCACAAGAAGGCCAAGACCACCAAGAAGAUCGUCCUGCGUCUGGAGUGCACUGCCUGCAAGACCAAGAAGCAGCUCGCUCUCAAGAGAUGCAAGCACUUCGAGUUGGGUGGUGAUAAGAAGACCAAGGGUGCCGCCCUUACCGUUCGACUGUAG